ACGGCAAGUUCGGGACCGGAUUUGGGAAACAGUCUUCGUGUCUGUAUGGCUUCAUUGUGUUCUAAUAGGUCACGGUAAAGAAGUGUGCGAUUUUACUACCCUUGACGAGUUCUUAGUUGUCAUUUGUUUACUAGAGUGAUGUUAACUCCGAAACCCGUUACCUAACUCAAAAUCGACACAUCCGUGGACGAACGUACAGUCGUUUGUUUUCAGUGAGCGCGCUAUUUAAAAUUAGAAAAAUUGUGCGUUCGCGAGAUAAGCGCGAGUGGCGAUUCAAAUCACAGCCGACUCUGGUAAUUUUGAAAUAAGUUUGUUGCUUGUGCGAAGGAUUUCAGUUGCGCUUGAACCAGCGAUACGCGGGCUGCGAGAGAUUUUCCGGCGCUUUCGGUCCGAAAAGCGCGCGUGCUUCGAGUGACGAAAAUAUUAUGUGGCGCCACAAGGUGUGGAAUUUUGUGGGUGAUUAUAUUAUUCGAUAAACUGAGUUUUGGAAUAUCUACUACGGAUGGCGAUUUCUACGCUCAUCAGGGUAAUGGUGCUGACCUUCACUUCUUCCCUGCUGCUGUCAUGCCUGAACUCUCUAGCACUAGCAUCAAUCUGCCCUGAAAAACAGUACCUCAAUGCCGAACUCCAACAAUGCCUGAACUGCACGCAGUGUAAAAAUGGAAUGGUGGUACUUCGACCAUGUGAAUUUCAUAGAGAUACCCACUGUGCCCCCCUCAGUGAAUUACUCAAAACGAUGGGUGGAGGAGUCGAAACCGCAAAUCCUCAUAGACACAAACACAACCACCAUCACCAGAAACACCAUAAGGAGGAGGGCGAAAUCAUUUGGCGGUACGGAGAUGACAUCAAGAAUGACCACCAGGAUAUCGUACAUGAAGAACCCCAGCAACCCGUUCCUUUGGAAGCGGCUAGUUCGCAAGCGCCGUUUUCUAGUGCGGAAACACUAGUGUGGGACUGGCAAGCCAUUGCGCUGACGUCAGCGGUAUUUACGUGUAUCCUGUUUUUUCUAGUGAUCGCCUUCUACUCUCUGCAUCAAGCUAAGCAGUGGAGGAGGCUGAAGGAGAAUUUUGAUGCUGAUGUUGAAGAACUUUCAGCCCGGCUGAGCCUGAUGGCCGCCUCAACCAGUGAGAAUGAACUUCUUAAAGAGGCCGGAUUGGGCUCCAUCGCCGACCCAAACUACCUCAAUAGCAGAUGUGUUUAUUUGGAACAACUGCUCAGCGAUCGAAAAGAUGGACAGAAGAUUGGCACCCUACCCAAAGGAAAUGUGUAUAUAGAAGAAAGCAACUCCAAGGGGCAGUAACAGAAGAAAUCUUUCCGAACUUCAACUUCAUCGCUACAAAAAAUUGUCAUUGUUUAACCAACACAAAAGUUUUAUCUUAACUGAUUGUUGUAAAUUAAUAUUUGCCAUCAUGUCUGUACAGUAAAUUAUAUGUUUGUCAAGAAGUUACUUAUAUUAAGUAAUAUUAUUAGUUAAAAUCAUGCAAUGAUAUCUAAAAAUGCCUAACUAUUAUUAAAUCAAUUCAGUUUUUCUGGAGUCACUUUUGUUUUCAAGAUCCUUUUCAAAUUGAAUGGAAUUAUGUGGAAAAGUAUUUCUUUCGUCAAACUGGAAUAUUUACCAUUAGCGAUCUUACUUAUCCACGUGACUUCAAACUUCUGUGAGUUACAACAGUCAAUUGUUUUUAUUUGACGGGUCCAGGGGAAAAAUGUUUAUGUCCAUUUGCAUGUAUUUUGUGAAAACGGAAAAAUAAAGUUUGCCAUCGAAAAGCUAGUAAAAUUUGGGUUGUAAAAUUUAUUGAAAAUAACAACUAUCAUGACCGUUAUGAAAAAAAUUGAAAUUCUUACAAAAUAAUAUUUACAUAUUAAAAGUGAAUUUCCAGAAAUCCUCUGGACAACAAUAUAUGUUUCCUAGUAGAUAGGUUCAUCAGCGUCUAUUGGCGGGUCAUCCAUGUAUCCAUGGAGUAGAAAUUUUUUGAAUCUACCCUUUGUGAAAACUGCUUUAGAUGUUGCAGAUCUCUGUAUUCACCCAAUUUGAUUGCAACUGAGCCAGAAUACGAAUAGCUCAACGUCAUCGCUGCAGUGAUGCCUUUCUUUUUCAUAGUUUUCUUACGUUUUUUUUUAAUUGAAGACUUAAUGAACACACGAACACACCAUUAACUCAAAUCCGACAAAUAAUGGACAUAAACGUUUUUCCCCUGGCCCCGUCAUUUCUUCUCCAAAUCGAAAGUAUCAUCUAUCUACAGUAAAUCUGAGUUACAAAUUCCACUGCGAAAUACAAUUUUUCUCAAUUAUUGUAAUUCAUUUCGAAAAGUUAUUUUUCGUCUGUCUGCCGAGUUAGUGGGAUGAUUAAUUUUAUGGUGGGAAUUCAAGAAGGCUAUAAAACAUACCUAAUAACAAGUUUCAUUCUGAAAAAAAAUCAGUGUUUUGGGAAUGAUUGCAUGGUAUGGAACUAUAACAAAUAAUCAUCACUCACCAUGUAAUAACAUAAAUAACUGUUGAACAAAUUAGGUAGCUGUCUUGCACGUUUACAUGUUCUGAUAGUGAUAUUUCACAACAAUUUUUAUUGUAGAGAUUAUCUCUCAGAAAUGAUGUAAAAGUAUUCAUUCUGAAAUCAAAAAUCUUAAGCACUGUGAGUUUUAUACACCUUACCGUUAGUGAUUUAUUCUCAUUCUCAAAAAUAAUGCUUUUCUCCCGAUUGGAAUACUAUUAGAUAUAUCUGAAAAAAGUUACAUCAUUCUAGGAUUUUUAAAUGCAUAUUUUUAUAUAAUAAGCAGUACGUAUACAUGCACUUUAGACUAGCACCGUAUUUACCAACAUUCUUGUAUGUUCACUCGAGGAAAUCAUCUCAAACGUUUUUUGUUAACGAAAUAUUCAAGGCAUUUUCUGAGGUAACGUUCAGAAUUCCGACUAGGAAUUGCAAAAUAUUCUCAAGAGCUUGUCUUAAAGUAUUGUUUCUUCUUUUUUCUUGUGAAGUAGCACGACCUACUUAUAACCACUCGGUUUCUUUUAUCUAUUUCCUUUGUGGAGGCAGAUGUGAGAAUUUUUGUGCAAUUAUUCUGGAGGACAGUUUCGAGAGUUACGGUAAACAAUAUUUUUAACACGAAGCAAGGGUUUCUAGAGGCACGUCAUUGAAAAUUAAAAAUACUUUCUAUACUGCAUAAAAAUCCUGAUACUAAGAAUUGAGCAUUUCAAUGUGUCUUUGAUAUGUCAAAAUAUUCUUGAUAAACUUUUCUCAUAUUUUCUCAGCAUUGUCUCAAAAAGGUGGAGUCAUGUAAUGACUAUUUCAAAUAACCAUAACAAUGUCUGAAAAGUCUAUACAACUCAGAUGCGGUGACCUAGAAGGUGACCUAGUGGAUAGACAUUUAAAAUUUCUAAUUAUUGAUAAUGAGUCUCACUCAGCAAUGCGUAGGAGCAGCUUUUUAUAUUGCGUAGUGCUCAGGGAAUGCUCAUCGAUGAAACUGCAAUAAUCGUACAUGUUCCACUGAAAACUAUCCAACAAUUUUUAGUCAAGUGACUGUUUGUCAAAAAAAAUACUGUUGAUGUAUUGUAACUGUAUCUAUAUUUUGCAGUAAAAGUAGUAGUAUUUAGUAGUAAGAGAAACCGAGUAGGCAAUAUUUACAAUAAAGUGCACCUUGAACACUGAACACUUUUUUCUAUAAACUUUCUUUGAUAAAUGUAUCAUUCAUCAACUGUAAAGUGUACAAUGAUUAACUCAAGAUGUUUUCAAUUCAAGUUUAUUGUUUUUUUUUCAAUAAGUACCUACGCUAUCAGCAAUAUAGUAACAAUAGUAUCUAUUCUCUAAUUACCUCCAUGAAUAUGUUGUAGAUAAUUGAAUGUAUUUAUUUAAAAAUAUAUGUAUGUAUAAAUUAUUGCCAAUAAAAUGUUAUUUAUUUAA